ACCGUCAGCGACCGGCCAGUCAGCCAAACAACCAAACAACCAACCAUCCAGUCAACCAUCCAUCCAUCGUCAACCAUUAAUUUGUGAACGUGUGAGUGAAGUGGUAGUGUAGCGCGCUGCUAGUGCCAAACGAGUGUAAAAAACAAAGUGCAUUCGAGCAACGGACGACAAACGACUUGGAAUGCAGCUGCUGCGGCGAUGCAGCUGUGACGGAAAGAAAGAAAAUUUUAUAAAUUCGUUUUUUGAGUUUGAAGAACAUUUUUAUACAAAUAAAUUGCACUUAAUGUAAGUGUGAUUUGUUUAAAAUAUAAUUUUUCUGAAUUAAUUUUUACGCUUUGUAUUUGUGCGAAAUAAACGCAAUGAACGGAUUGCUUGUUUCUUAACCUGUUUUCUAUUACAAAAAAUACAACAAAGUCGUUUAAUUGUGCAAGUUUUUGUGUAAUCAAAUAUCUUCGUAAAUACAUACAUACAUACAUAUCUACACAAUCUGCUAUUUGUUUUUGUUUAUAUCGUGCAUCGCACCGGCAAAAGUGUAUGUAGAAAAAGUGAAGUGCAGAGGGAGAAGAAUAAGAAGAAGAAGGAAACAUGAAUAAUUUCACAAAAACUGAAGUAUUACCAAAGAGUGGACAUGUCAAUGAAGUGUGCAAGGAGUGGCUGGUACGUGAGGAUAGUGCUCUCGCCUAUAAAUUGCAGUCGCAGGAGAUAAAUGACUUCUACAAAGGCAAUCGACAACGCAAUGCGGUUGUACGUGAGGAUUUUCCCACCGCAUUAAAUGAGCAAAUCAAAGAGAAGGAGCAGGCAGAGAAGCAAGUGGAAAUGUAUCGUCGUCGUUUGUUGGAACAGGAAGCGCAUGAUAAGCGUGUAGCAAAGGAGAUCGCCGACAAGCUGGAACGUGACUUGGAGGAACAAAGGCAACGGGAGCUACUGGAGAGUGAAGAGAUGGCGCAACAGAUGCAGGAGCUCUAUGUGAAUCUACCACCACCAGCGCGCGGCAGGUCGCAUGCACCGCCGCCACGUCCAGCUAAAGCAAGUAUCUUGCAACAGAAUCCAAAUGAACCCUCAACAUCAAACGGUAGAUAUUUUGGUAGUAGUAGUGGUAGUGGUAGUGGUAGUGGUAGUGGUAGUGGCAGUAGCCAGCAUUCGAGUCAUCAUCAACAACAACAUCAACAACAAAUAUCGCAAUCACCGCAACAACAACAACAGCAGCAGCUCUCAUCUUAUUACCAACAGCAACAGCAACAACCAUCAUCAUCACCCGAGUCACUUUUGCUGCAACAGAAUCAUUUUUCACAAACCGAUUGUUAUGUUGGCAUAACGGUACAAAAGUCACCAUCAUUAUCAGCUGGCGCUGUUGUAGUAGAUACACCAUCACCACCAACAUCGGCUAGCCGUAAACCGUCCAGAUCACAAGCGACUGCAAUGAGCACCUCCACUACUGGCGGUCACUUCUUGCAUCAGCACCAACAUCAACACUCAUUAUCAUCCAAUUCGUCGGGGGGCUCGGCUGCAUCGACAUCCUCAGCAGCAGCAGCAGCAGCAGCAGCGGCAGCGGCAGCAGUAGCAACCGGAUCGGGAUUCUCAUCGGUAUUAUCACCCUCAUUAACACACCAACACCCACCAACCCAACACCAGCACAACCAAAACUUGCACUCACCAGCAGGACAACCACAAAAGCGCAAUCCAUUUGAUUUGCACCAACCAACACCUGCACCACCUUAUACUAAUCACUCAUCACCACAACCAAUUACACCUUUAGGCACACACCACCAACGUCAACACUCCGUCGAAGAGUUGAUCGAGUAUUCGGAUGUCAUUGAUAGCAUACGUCAUCAGCGGAAGGCUAAGAGUGCCACAGUCAGUGUUGUUGAUGGUGGUGAUGUUGCUAAUGGUCUUACACCCAACUCUCCAACACAAAACAACAACAACAACAAAAAUACAUUCAGUAAUAACCACCCAAGUCCAUCAAACGGUGCUUUGAGCAAUCGUCUACACUCCGUAUCGAAUGAGAAUUUGCUUAGAAAUGAAUAUAAAUUUCAGAAACUCUCACCGGAGAAAUACGAUCAGCUGGUGGGCAAUGAUGGUGGCAGCACUGGUGGUGGUGUACGUACAGCGAUUAACGCUGUAGCGGCAGAACGCCACAUGCAGGCGCAUGCUGAUGAUAUCGAAUUGUAUGUGGAUCCAUGCGAUUAUGCGAGCUUAAAGGAGAUCGGUUUGCCCAUGGAUGAGAUUAAAGAGAUGAGCAAGAAGAUGAAACAGGAACAAAAGGAUGAGCUACUUGCACGCCGUCUACAACAAAUGGAGGCGCACGAUGGACUCACGCAAGAGGAACGCGAUCGUCUGCUCGCGAUCGAAGCGCAAGACAAAGAAUUAGCCAAAAUGCUGCAAGAUCGGGAGCGCGCCAAAGCCAAACGUGCCAAAGAGAAAGCUCGCCUACGCAAGCAUCAACAAAAAGAUGCCGCCGGCAGCACAACGCUUUGCUCCUCUAGCGGCAACACAUCGAAUGGACUGCACUGUGGACCACUCUUGCCGCUGCCACAAGAUUGUCUCUCAUUUGGCAAACACUCAACGCAUGCAACACAUGCAACACAUGCAACACCCUCACCAACAACGGUCAAUAACAAUGGCUUUCUACCCACACAUGGACACAACAGCUUGCAUGAAGGGGACGGCGGCGAUAUUAUCGAUGUGGAAGCCUACUCCAAUCCCAUUGAUGUACUACACAAUCAGCAACAACAAGUGCAACAACGACAACAACCAAAUGGUACAUUAACAAAUGGCAGUUUGACGCGUGAAGGCGGUCGACGCAGUAACAAUAGUCAAAACAAUAAUCAGCAUAGUAUGUUGCUUCAACGUGGCGAUGAUGAUAUCUAUACGCUGCCAGUGGAUAGUUGUCGACCCGGGCAGCGACCCACUUCACUCACUAUCAGUCCAGCGGGUGAAGCGCAGCUGUUGCAGCACAAUUCAAUGACCAGAUCUGAAAAUUAUUCAAUCGAUUCACAUGAUUCGCUCAACAGACACGAAUUAGUGCCACCACGCAUGAAUUACUCACAAUCGAGUACUUUUGGUAUAUAUAUAAAAGCUCAAGUCCCACACCGCCUUAUAUGCCGAUUCAAGGUACGCGCCGAUCGAAUUCGAGCGACGAGCGUAAAAAGAAGUCCAAGGAUAAGUGUACGCAUCAGUGAAGUGACAAAAAUUUAGCCGAAUUGCUCAGUUACUCCUAGUAUAGUUACAGGCAUACAUAUAUAUGCAAUCAUGAACACAAAAAAAAAAAAAAAAAAACAAUUAUAAAAUAAUAAAAAAUAUUAUUAAAAAAAGGUUAUACACUGAGAAUACAUUGCCCUUGCAUUGCACAUUCUUCAUAUUUAUUGUUAUACAUACAUACAAACCUAUAUGUAUAUCUGCUUCUCCAUAUUGUUCUUCGUGCUAAUUAGACUGGAAAAAUUUGAUCUUCUCAUGUAAGCAUAUCUAGAAUUUCAUAUCUCAUAAAAUCAACCCAAAUCUAUCUAUAUUGUAUUACUACAUACAUAUCUUAUGUGUGAAACCUACUACUGAAAAAGUAAUACGCAAAGAGUGAACAAACCUGUAUAGAAUCGAGUUAAGCAAAAAAAA